CAAAAUUUUAAAUUCGCCCAUUUAGCAAAACACUUUUUAAGGAUGGUCGCAAUUUUAAGAAUUUGUUAUGGGCCUUUUGAUGCUUUUGGCGUAAUGUCCCACAGAAUUCAGAAGAUAAGAGGUCUUUUAAAAUCUUUAAAUGAAGAAGGCUAUGUCAUACAAGUCCGUAAAGUAGAUCUUCUUAAUAUGUUACAAGUAAUAUUGUUUAACAGAAUAAUAUUUCAGUGCGAUAUACGAAAUCUUAAAUUUAACAUGGAUUACGAAGAUGAUACUGUCUGUAAGAUAGCGAUCAGUGCUAUAAAGGAAGCUAUACUUAGAAUGAUGACUAAAGUUCAGUUGUCUAGUUAUGUUAUGGCUAAAAAGGAAAUGAGAAGCAAAGAUGCUAAUAAUAGUAGAAGUAAAGAUGAAACUAAAAAAAUUUUUUCAUUUAAAAGAAUGUGUGAAAUUAAUAAGCAAGAUCUUCUGGAUAUAAAAAAGAAUCAAUAUGUUCAUGAAUCGAAUGGCAUUAUGCAUCAAGUAAAUACCGUAGAUACAAUAAAUACGAGAAAAUAAUUAAAAUAAAUAUUUUU